GGGCAGCGAGUUUGAAAAUGUUGUCUUGGGAAGAGCGGAUCUUCGGCCGCUUGGCUGACAAAGCCUGUGGAGGCGAGCAUUGCAGGCAGGGGGGCUUCUGACAUCGGUUCAUCACUUUACAUGUAUGAAGGUACCUUUAUUCAUGUUUUUGCCUGCACAAAACAUACUAUCCAUUGUCACAAACUACUCAUGGCAUCCAAAUUGCAGUCUACAGCUCCAGCAAGCUUUACUAUAUUUUCCGAACUGCCAAAGGAGCUGCGAUGCAUGAUCUGGGCCAGAUCUGCUCAACUUCGACCCCGAGUAAUCCAGCUUUUCUACGAGUCAAGCACAAACACAUGGCACGCAUGGAAAUACAGCUGCGGACGGCUUCCGCCGACACGGAAAGUCUCGAGAGAAGCACUCAAGGAGGCAUUGAAAGGAUACACCAAGGCUUUCGAUACCUAUGUGGAUUUUGAGGAAGAUACAAUAUUCAUCAGCGACCCAGUGUUCGUCUUGCAGAAGCCAAUGAGAUCUCUCCUCAGCACAAAGUUUGCGAAUCGAGUUCAGCAUAUUGCAAUUCCCAGUGAGACGUAUGCGGGGUUCAUAGAGUCUGCUGUCAAAUUCUCAGGUCUAUGUUAUUGGCUGACAACCAUUUUGCGGAAGCUCAAAGGGCUUGCCCAUUCCACACUGGUCAUAUUCGAAGAUCAUAUCGACGAUCAUAUUCAUGAUUCUGACUCGUAUGUCACUGAUUGGGACUGUUCAACGGAUGAGAGUGAGGUCGAGAACAUCGGUAGUGGACAUGGGCCCGGCGAGAAGGAAGCUGGUGCUCCGAGCAGAUCUACAGUGGAUAACGAUGCUGACAAUGAGGCGGCUCAACAUCUUCGCCGGCGUUUGGCACGUUUAGAGAAGGACGCACUUGCAAAUAUGUCGAAAGGCUCGUACCCCACCCUGGCAAUAUACACUUCGAAAGCGCGAUGGAAAAUGAGGAUUACUGGGAAGACUGAAAUGAAUAUAAAAUCAUGAUAGUCGAACAAUGUGAGGAAGAGAAGGCCGCAAAUCCCGAGUGGGUUCGCCCAAAGCUCAGCAUAAUGCUCCUCAAGUACGGGCCGAAUCGGCUUGGGGAUUUUAC